UGAUACUUUAUGCGUUCUUUUUUUUUUAGAGAAAAAUAUGUUGCGGAUAUUUGUAAUCGUUAUCAUCGCGAAUGCAGCGAUGGCGCAGGUGCCAUUCUUGGGUACGUGUCCAAAUUUGGAAGCAAUGCAAAAUUUCGAACUUGACAGAUAUUUGGGCAAAUGGUACGAAGUGGAGAGGUAUUUUGCGUGGUUUGAAUUUGGUGGAAAAUGUGUGACAGCUCAAUACGGUCUUGAGAAUGACACGGUGAAGAUCACCAAUAAACAAAUUUCCUCAUUAACUGGAGUCGCAACGAGUAUCGAGGGCAUUGGAAGGUUAAUUGGCAGAUCCGAUGACCCUAAAUUGUCCGUCACUUUUCCAUCCUUGCCAUUGCCGUUCGAUGCACCUUAUUGGGUUCUAGACACGGAUUACAAGUCAUACGCCGUGGUAUGGAGCUGUACAAAUCUCGGAGUCUUCAAUGUACGAAAUGUUUGGAUUUUGACGCGAGAACCGAAACCGCCAAUCCCAGUCGUAGAAAAGGCUUAUCAAGUUAUCGACAAGAACAACAUCAGCAGAGCGUACUUCAUUCGUACAGAUCAGAAAAAUUGCCCGGCCUCGAAUUAAGAACGACCUAUGGAUCUCUACAAAGAAUAUGCUCGGGGGAAAAUGUAUUUUUUUGCGAUGCAGCAUUGUACGCGAUUCCUUGAAUUGCAAAUCACAAUAUUUAUUGCCAGUGAUAAUGCGGAUGCUGGCUUUGCUCACGAUUACUCAAGUUACGAUUGUGUAACGAGUACAGCGAAUGCGCUUGAAUUAAUAAGAUUGUUGUAAAUAUUUAUUUUACAUUCAAUAUCAAAAUAUUGCGCAGUUGCAAUGUUUAAAAAGUUGUA